GUCUGGCUCCAUUUUGAGCGCUGGUAUUUUGCUGGUUUUGUUCCAAACUUGGUACCCAAGAGGUUGGUUUGGUUGAUGUCUGGAACCAGGACUGGUCCAAAUCUGUGGCGGAGAGAAGACGAAUUCAUGUUCGUUUUGUGACCGAGAAGACGCUCGGAGCAGAAUUAGCCUCGGAGUUAGCGUUCUGCUAGCGGCUAAAGGCCUCCAGCUCGACUGGGAUUGUGGCCUUUUUGCUCCUCGUCGCUGUUAUUCCUGAAUGACCGCGUCUACGUGGAUAUCGAUGAGACGACACUCGAUGCACCAGAGGUGGAAGAGCUGCUGAAAACCAGUCCUGAUGAGAGAAAGAUGGACAGAGUCCACGCUCAGGACAACAGUCUGACGGAAUCGAGCUCCGAGUCUGAAAACACUUGCAGAGAAAAACCUGAGGCCACAGUGUGUCCUCCAGAUGUGCAGCAGCUGCUUGUGGUUAAAGAUGAGUUUGAUCCUGAUGAGCAGGACUGGAGUUCCAGUCUGGACCAGGAGAACUCAGAGCACCCACACAUUAAAGAAGAGCAGGAGGAGCUCUGGACCAAUCAGAAGGCAGAACAGCAUCAAGACCUGGAGGACUACAGUGGUGAUGUCAUCAAGUUCACAUUGACAUGUGUCCCUGUCAAGACUGAAGAUGAAGAGAAACCUUCAUCCUCACAGGUUCAUCAAAACCAAACUGAGAAGAACAGAGAGGCACAUUCUCAUUCUACCAACCAAACCAAACACAUGAAAACAGAUGCUGGUGGAGAAAAGGACUGUGGAGGACCAGAACCAGACAAAAACUCAGAUCCACAGACUCAAUUACCAACAGAUAAUGACGAAGAAGUUCCAAGUUCUUCUGGUCCAGACACUGAUAACAGUGAUGAUUGGACUGACACCAGUGAUUCUCAGCCAGGAUUACACUUUCCAAAGAACAGAGAAGUCCCUUUAAGUGGUAAAAGGAAAUCUACUGAGAAACCAUUUGGCUGCUCUGAGUGCAGUAAAACAUUUAAGGUCAGAAGCGUUUUGAAUACUCACAUGAGAAUUCAUACAGGAGAGAAACCGUUUAGUUGUGAGUGCGGUAACAGAUUUCACCGCAAGAGUGAUCUCGUAACACAUAUGAGAAUUCAUACUGGAGAAAAACCGUUUAGUUGCUCUGAGUGCGGUAACAGAUUUCGCCGUAAGUGUGAUCUGAUAACACAUAUGAGAAUUCAUACCGGAGAGAAGCCGUUUAGUUGUUUUGAAUGUAGUAACAGAUUUCGCCGUAAGACUGAUCUGGCAACACAUAUGAGAAUUCAUACAGGAGAGAAACCAUUUAGUUGCUCUGAAUGUGGCAGCAGGUUUCGUUGCAAAGGUCAUUUGACGAAACAUACGAGAAUUCACACAGGAGAGAAACCGUUUCCCUGUGCUGAAUGUGGGAGCACAUUUCGCUGCAAGAGUAAUCUAAAGACACACAUGAGAAGACAUACGGGAGAGGAAAAAAAAAGAGAGAAAGCAUUUAGCUGCUUUGAAUGUGGUCACACGUUUCGCUGCAAGGCUAAUCUAAAGAGACACAUGAGAAUUCAUACAGGAGAAAAACCAUUUAGCUGUGCUGAAUGUGGUCACACUUUUCGAUGCAAUACUAAUCUGAAGACACACAUAAGAAGUCAUACGAAAGAGAAACCAUUUAGCUGCUCUGAAUGUGGUAAAAGAUUUGUCUGCAGAAGCAGUCUGAUGAAACAUACAAGACUUCACACAGGAGAGAAACCAUUUAGCUGCUCUGAAUGUGGUAAAAGAUUCACGGAAAACUCAAAAUUAAUAAAACACAUGACUUGUCAUAUCGGAGGAAAACUUUUCAGCUGUUUGAUUUGCAGGAAAAGCUUUCGGAAGAGAGGCAAUGUUGAGAAACACAUGAGUGUCCACAGUGGAGAGAUCGGGGACUUCUAACAAAUGGUUUCAAAAAAAUUCACAGAUUUCACAAAAUGAUCAAUGCUGGGUCAUACAGCUGUUGAGAGUGUAAACCGUCUAUCAUCAGCCUGCCAGACCCUCAUGACAGACGGACAUUAUACAUCCCAACACAAUAAGAUCUGUCAAUGUCAAGACUGAAAAGUAUGUAAGGAACUGGAGGUGGAAGUAAGGGAAAACAUCUGGGAGCAUCAGCCAGCACCAGUCUCAUCCAAUGGAGAAGUAAGUAUCUUCUAGAGCCCAGCAGGAAGACAGUUCAAAAGAGGUCCAACAAAACUUGACAUAAUCUGGAACAAGCAAGAGAAAACAACCAAAAUUAUCUACGUAACACUCCCCAAUGAUUAUGGCCUGAAUAGAGCUGACGGGGAAAGAUCACAAAAUACCUUAAAAAUGAAAAAGACCUUAAAAAUGACCUACGAACAACAUGGUCAUUGAAAGAAAUAGAUGUAAUUCCAAUUAUGGUGGGGCAACAGGGCUUAUGAAGAAGAACCUGAAGAAAUACCUUGAGGCAAUCCCUGGUCACCCAAGUGCCCAUGAGGUGCAGUUAUCCGCAAUUAAAGGAAUGGUGACCAGCCUGAAGAGAGCCCUUGGACACAAUGCCAGUAAUGUUUAGGGUGGAACUAUGAACCCUGGGUCUGGGACCCAUUACAUUCUAUUAAAAAGAAAUCUAAGACAAAUGGAAAAAACAGAGAGACCUGACAUCAGCUCAGUUGGCAGUAAAGGUAGUAGGACAAGGGUUAGGGUAGGUUUUUGUUGUUUUGUGCUUGUCCCACACCCAGACUUUUGAUCUUCAGUGAUAAAAAUGAAUGGUAAAGAAACGUUUUUUCUAAUGUUUCAAAAUAUCUCUG